AUGAAUUGCAACGUGGUUUUUCUAUUAAUUUGUUUUUUGUUUUUGAAAUGUAAUGUAAAAGCACAACCUACUUUUCCUUUACUUCAUUGUGAUUAUUGCCUCAACAAAUUAACACAAAUUUUUAACAUUUUAAGUUGUCCACAAAACGAAAAUUUUGAAGUUAAAGACGUUCAAAAUUCAACUCCAAAGAUUGAAGCUGUCGUUACAACUCCACAACCAACAAUUAAAAGUUCAACACCAUCAACAGAACAACCACGGAUCUUACAUGAACAAUCAACAACCAAUUUGCCAAUUCCAAAUUUCAACGUUAAACCUCCUGUUGUAGAAAGUAGAAAUUUUGUAUCAUCAGAAAAUACUUCUCCUAAAUAUCCACCACAUUUCGUUUAUCCAGGUGUAAAAAAUUCUCUGAAUCAUUUAAACUAUCGAUUAGUUGAUUACAGAAUGCAGCCAAUGUUUGGUGGUUUGUUCCUUCCAUAUCCAUUUUUCUACUAAAUUUGUCAUUGAGAUGCAU